UUCUCCUCAGCCACGCCUCCUCCCGGCCCCCCACCCCCCACCGGGAUAAGAAGAGAAGCCGCACGGGCACGGCAAAGAAACAGGAGUAAAAAAAUCUGGAAGGGAGGGGGCCAUGGAUAUACUGCUAGGUUCCGGGAGAUUCUUGGCGCGACGGCCUCCCCUAGCGAUUGCCCUUCGCUGCUCUCAGGGCACCCCGGACAAAGGCGGCAGCGACAAAGGUGACACAUCUACAGACUGGGACAAGGCUUGGUCAACGUUCAAAAAGAAAGGGAAGAGGACCUUAUUUUCAGGUUUUUCACCAGACAAGUAUGUGAGCUGGAACCCACGGCGCACCGAGUAUCCAUUGUCAGAAGAAGUUGAUCCAAUCAAAAGGACUGAAAGGUCUAACUUGAUGCUAUGGACAAGUCCACAAUUUACCUUGGCGGGGGCAAUUAUCAUCAUCUUGACAUUACUAAUCUAUACACUGGUUGUCCCAGCCAAGUAACGGCAGAAGUGACAGAUAGGAGGUGAGCUGUAAGCCAAAGUUCCACUGGGAAGUCUGUAUUGUACAUUUUAUCUGUAUAAUACCAACUAUAGAUGUACUGCUUCAGUUACAAUCAAGUAGAUCAUAAUAGUGUAUUCCUUUCAUAUUGGAGGCUUUCUUCACUUGUAUAUCAAUUGGCUGCUCUUUAUUAAUUCCUCCAUUAUAACCAAGAAAUACUUGGGUUAGGUAGAAUAUUAUGUUGAUCAGUAUUCAAUAAUCAGAAUCCAUGUCGAUGCUUUUGAUGUGA